AUAAGGAGAAAGCCCCGUGAAAUCUGAUGUUAUAUUUUACCUAAAUAAAGUUUGAUUGGUUUGAGUCAACUGCCUCAUUUGACCUCGUCCUCCAGAGUUGGGGAAACAAGCGGCAGAGAACCUGCACGACAGCUGCUGUCCAUCAUGGCAGGUGACAUGAUGUUACUGAUGCGAGGCUUGGCUAAGCUGAGCCAGGCGGUUGUAGAGACUCAGACCAGUGCCAUGCGCAAUGGGACAGGAGUUGGUGCUGCUGUCCAGAGUGUCCAGUCCGCUGCAGAGCAAGGCCUCUCUGCGGCCAUGAUGAAGAUGCAGGAGCUGUCUGGCCAGCAGCAAACAACUUCUUCAGAGUCAGAAUUUGAUUUUCCUCAGGAUGACGGUGCGUUCGCAGAUUCACAAUUGAGGGAGGAAGGUGUAGACUUUACAGAGGAUCACUCAGGAAGUAGUGCUGAUGCAGCCCACCACAGUGCAGCAGCAGGGGCGAGCCAUGUCAGUGGGAAAAAGUCUCUGUUUGAGGGAUAUAAAGAUCCCAGCAAACAGUUUAGUGGAGACACCAGAUCUUACCACCAAGAUGCCAGAUAUUUUAUUAGACACCAUCAUCUCUACAGCCAAAGUCUGAACAGGCAUGUGUGGGAACAGCUUUACUGUCAGCAUCAGGUCACUCAGGUCAGGAGCUACCAUCAGGACCCAUCCACGGUUGGAGGGCUGACGGCCGAAGACAUUGAGAAAGCAAGACAGAGCAAGAGGGCUGAGACCAAACCACACAAACAAAUGUUGAGUGAGAGAGCAAGAGAGAGGAAAGUGCCUGUGACUCGGCUCGGCCGAUUGGCCAACUUUGGAGGUCUAGCUGUAGGGUUGGGUAUUGGAGCUCUGGCAGAAGUUGCCAAGAAGACCAUCAGACACGGUGCUGAAUCAGGUGAAAAUAAGAAAUCAGUCCUGGAAUCCAGCCCCUUCCUGUCCGAGGCAAACGCCGAACGCAUCGUCAGAACCCUCUGCAAAGUCAGAGGAGCUGCAUUAAAACUGGGACAGAUGCUCAGUAUUCAAGAUGAUGCAUUCAUCAACCCUCAGCUUGCCAAGAUCUUUGAACGUGUAAGACAGAGUGCUGACUUCAUGCCAAUCAAACAAAUGACAAAAGCGUUGAACAGUGACCUGGGUCAUAACUGGAGAGACAAGCUGGAAUCAUUUGAGGAGCGUCCGUUUGCGGCAGCGUCCAUUGGCCAAGUUCACUUGGCGAGGAUGAAGGAUGGCAGGGAGGUGGCCAUGAAAAUACAGUACCCUGGUGUAGCUCAGAGCAUCAACAGUGACGUCAACAACCUAAUGACGGUGCUGAAUAUGAGCAAUGCCCUGCCUGAAGGUCUGUUUCCAGAGCAUCUGAUAGACGUAAUGAGAAGAGAGCUAGCACUGGAGUGCGACUAUAUUAGAGAAGCGCAGUGUGCAAAGAAAUUCAGGGAGCUGCUGAAGGACCAUCCAUUCUUCUAUGUGCCAGAGGUGAUAGAGGAGCUGAGCAGCAGCCAUGUCCUGACCACAGAGCUUGUUCCUGGGUUUCCCCUGGACCAGGCUGAGAGCCUCACGCAGGAGCUGAAGAAUGAGAUCUGUGAGAACAUCUUGACUUUGUGCCUCAGAGAGCUGUUUGAGUGGAGAUACAUGCAAACCGACCCGAACUGGUCCAACUUCUUCUAUGAUCCACAGACACACAGAGUGGCGCUCUUAGACUUUGGAGCCACAAGAGGAUUUGAUCAGAGUUUCACAGAUGUCUACAUAGAGGUAAUCCGUUCUGCUUCCGAGGGCGACAGUGAGGGAGUUCUGAAGAAAUCUAUCGAGAUGAAGUUUCUAACGGGGUAUGAGUCCAAGGCGAUGGUGAACGCCCAUGUGGAUGCGGUGAUGAUUCUUGGUGAGGCCUUCGCCUCCACAGACCCUUUCAACUUCGGUUCUCAGUCCACCACGGAGAGAAUCCACAACCUCAUCCCCGUGAUGCUCAAACACCGUCUCACUCCGCCUCCAGAGGAAACCUACUCACUGCACCGCAAGAUGGGCGGCUCUUUCCUUAUCUGCUCUCGACUGAAUGCAAAGCUCCCGUGUAAGGAGAUGUUCCAAACGGCGUAUCAGAAGUACUGGGAAGGCCGCACACCGCCUUCUAACUAAGCCUAAGCCAGACUGAAGUGUCAGGUGUUUUGAUGGACAGAUCCUGGGGCCAACAGCAAAGUGCCCGUCGAUGUGAGGCCAGGGUGAGAAGAUGCAGAACUGCUGAGCGGAGGCCAUGUUACCUGCCCCUUAACUGGUGACUGAGCACCAGCUUAUCUUUCCCAUUUUAGGGAGCCCACCACAAUGAUGUUUUGAGAGACACUUAUACAUAUUUACAGCCACCAUUUCUCAAAGGUAAAGGGAGCAGCAACAUGGCAUCUGGAGUGCUUUAACUCUUGCCUAUAUAUGGCCCUGAAAGACAGGACUGAAAAGAGGUGGAUGUAUGGAAGGAGAGAGGAAAACAACCUUGUUUUGGUGUAAAAUGUUGGCAUUCUCUCUCCUUAUGUUUUCAUCAAUAGGAUUCAUGUUUUGUUUUUGUUUUUUUGUUUGUUUUGUAUUGCCGUGUUUUCUUGAACUUUUGGAAAAUCACAAUCAAGUGUCCAAGUGUUUGCCAUCUGCCAGAAAUGUCAUGGUUGGUAACAUUAAAUAUAUAUUAUGGUAGAAGACUGAACUUGUAUUGUGAAAUCAGUCACAAAAGAAUAGGGUUACACAGUAUGUGGUCAGUACAAGUCACAGUGUUGACCAGGACCAACUUGUCUGGCUAUUAUUGCUUCUAUUAUUUUUCAAGGAGGUUCGAUUAGAUUGUCUGGAGGCUUUAGUGUAAAUUUAGACAGCAAAGUAAAUGCCACAGUUUUGAUACAAACAAAAUAGUUUAGAAACAAAUUCAGUGUUCAAAUUUAGGUUUGUUGCCAAGUGAUCAAGUUUCAAGUUAGAUGUAGGCAUCUGCAGAAAAGGUGACAAAGUGGAGUUUGUCAAGAUUAAUUUAACUCAUGCAGAGAAUAUAUAGUAUACAGAAUAAUCUGUAUCAUUCAGCCAUCCAGAUUUACGGCACUGAAUGAUGCUUUUGAUUUGAUUUAGGUUGCUAUUUAUAGCUUUUAGCUUUGAGGGCAUACCAUUGAUUAAAACUGUCAGUCUGUUUCAAAUGACAUCCAGCAUCUGUAUGUUUUUAAUGAAUGAUUUAGAUCCAUUUGUGUCUGGGGAUGAAGGUGCAGAGCUCCUGCUAGAAAAAACAUCUAGAAAAUGAACCCACAUGGAUCCAUGUUGCUCUCUCUUAAGAUGAGGCCCAUAUCAACACUUCACCUGUGCUCUGUCAUGAAUGUUAAUGUGGAGGAGUGGAAGAAGCUCAUCUUGAUAUCGCACAAGCUCAGCUCAUGGGCUCACCUUGGUUCAAAUACAGUAAUCUCUCCACGCCUUCUCGGGUGUGAAAUCCUCCGUCACCUGGUUGGUGUGUGACUGUGAAAGUUCUUUCUUCUCUGCUGUGUGAAUACAGUUAAAAUGGUCUCCGGUGUGAAGAUGGAAAAAUCAUUCAAAAUAUAUUAAAAAAAAAAACAAGGUGCCUGUAGUUUCCAGUGGAAAGUUUUUAGCUAGAAAUCUCUGUAUUUCAUGUCAAGAAAAGAUGGUUUAAAUUUUCUAAUCAAAAUGCGUUCUUAACUGAAAGUUGUGAUAAAGAUAUCCCACAAAAAGAGUAAAUGUUUGAUCUACUGAA